UCUCAUGUCAUUCUAGUGCCCCGUGUCUGCUGUUAUCAAGAGUCUUAGUAGAUUGGAUAACGUGCUUUCCGUCCGUUGAUAUGGCUUAUCUGUCACGAGAUGAGGCGCUUGGAAGGGUUUGCGAAGGGGAAAGGAGCAUGGCCGGUCCACGCCUCUCGGGUUUAGGGAAGAAAAGCUUUUCUUCCUUUUAACGUGCGAUUCAGUGGAUAAUUUGGGUGAACGUCUUCGAAUUAGUUGUGACAAUGAAAGAAAAGCAGAUAAAAUGAGUUGAAAUGAAUUGAAGUACAGAUGGAGUUGAUGAUGCAGUGUACUGUAGAUGUUACUGUUGAAGAAAAGGAGGCGAGGGAUGGAAGAAUAAUAACUAAAGCGAAGAAUAAAGUUGAUGUUGAAAAAUGAUUCUUGAAUAUGAAUUGUGAUGCAUGGAGAUAUAAAACAAUGGUUGGUAUGAAAAAUAUAGACAUAGAUAAUGCAGCAUUGAAUUAUGGUUAGCAGAUAAGAUACAUGUUAUUGUCAGCAGUAAGUUGGCAAUGUUGUGAAGGUGCUAUAGUGGCGUUGAACACUGUCAAGUAAGAAGUUCAUUGCGCAGUUUCCAAGAACAAACUCCAUUUAUGGCAACCUCAUACAUGUAAUGGAAGCAAGUGCCCUUGACAAGCUUCAAAAUGGGGUCAUCGUAUCUGUACUUGUUGCCUCUCUUUGUGUUCGUCCUCUUCCCUGCAACCUUCAUCAUCACAUACACAAUAUCAGUUCUGCUACACCACACUGAGCCAGAAUUUCCGUACAUUAGUGACACGGGGACGUAUUCUCCAGAGAGCUGCAUAUUUGGCCAAGCUCUCAACAUUGGGGCAUUUGCAAUUCUGGUGACCAUCUAUGUCCGAUUUCGGCAAAUUGCUGAGUUAUACCGCAACCAUUCCUCGUCCUCUAACAUCGUGAGACUCAACAGAGUGGGACUUCUAAUAGGCUCCCUGGCUGCUCUUGGCAUAUCCAUAGUUGCCAACUUCCAAGAAACAAAUGUGUUCUUUGUACACAUUUCGGGGGCCUUGAUGGCUUUUGGUCUGGGCACUGGGUACCUCUGGGUGCAGGCAAUGUGUUCCUACCAGACUCAUCCGCUUGUCAACAGCCUUGCUAUGGCCCAUGUGCGGCUGAUCUUAGCUGUUGUGGCGGCAGUCUUCUUUGUGACAGGUUGCAUCUGCGCCAGUAUCGCUCAUGCACAGUUCAAAGGCGAUGACCCAACCAAGUGGUACCCUAAAGAUGGAGGGUGGGCGUUCCAUGUUGCAAGCACAGUCUCAGAGUGGGUUUGUGCUGGAGCAUUUAACAUUUUCAUGCUGACACUAGUGGAUGAGUUUAAGUGCAUCUCCAUGGAUCCUCCACAAGUCUAUGUAUCCGUUGAAACACUGGCACCAACACAAUACAGUGGCAUUGGGGAACCCGAUCAAGCAACCGAUGACGUGCAGGCAAUCCUGUCACAGUCCUACAUAACCUGAGGACAACCCUCCCAGUCAGCUAGCUGUAU